AUGGCCGAGGUGGACGUUGCGCCUACCUUUGGCGCAGAGCUCAAGGACGGCUUCAAAUCCGCCAACGCCUGGGUCAGCAAUGGAAUCGCCUGGCUCGACGAGAUCCAGCAAUUCUACCGCGAGCGAGCCGCCAUCGAAAAGGAAUACAGCGCAAAGCUCGAUGCGCUGGCCAAGAAGUACUUUGAGAAGAAGAACAAGAAAAUCUCCAACCUGAGCGUUGGCGACAACCCGACCUUGACUCCAGGCUCUCUUGAGAGUGCUUCCCUAACCACAUGGUCUACUCAGCUCACCACCCUCGAAUCCCGCGCCACCGAGCACGAUCGCUAUGCGAGUAACCUUAUCUCCCAGGUCGCCGAACCCCUAAAGUUCUACAACGCCCGAUUCGACGAGCUGCGUAAGCGCCAUUCCGAAUAUGCCGAUAAGCUCGAAGCUGGCCGCGAUGCCUGCUAUGCCGAUUUGCGCAAAGUCAAAGGCAAAUACGACAACACAUGCCAGGACCUCGAGAGCAAGCGCAAGAAGACCGAAUCGCAUGCCGACAAGGCCAAGGCACAGAGCGCCUACCAACAGCAGCUCUUUGACAUGAACAAUGCCAAAAACACCUAUCUCAUCGCCAUCAACGUCACCAACAAGCAAAAGGAAAAAUACUACCACGAGUACAUCCCCGAGGUCAUGGAUAGCAUGCAAGAUUUGAACGAGUUCAGAACUUUAAAGCUCAACUUUUUGUGGGACGUAGCAACUCGGCUGGAGACUGCCAUGCUUCAACAGAGCAACGGACUCAUCGAGCACCAAGGCAAGGAAAUCCAGCGCAACCUGCCCCAUCUGGAUUCCAUGAUGUAUAUGCGCCACAACAUGGGCGCCUUCCAUGAGCCGCCGGACAAGGUCUUUGAAGCCAGCCCCGUCUGGCACGAUGACGACCUCAUGAUUGUGGAUGAGACGGCCAAGAUUUACCUGCGCAACGUACUAACAAAGUCCAAGUCUCAGCUGGCUGAGCUGCGGAGAGAGGUGGACAAGCAACGAAGAGAAGUCGAUACCGUUAAGCGGCUCAAGCAACGUGUCCGAGAAGGCAAAGAGAAGAAGGACGAAGUUGAAGUUAUCCGCGCACUAUUCGCUCUGCAAGAAAAUCUCAUUGCUGUGGACCAGAAGCGACUUACAGCUGAAGUUGAAACCACCACCAUUACCUCUGCAGUUGGUGACGUUACGCUGGGGGCUAAAAAUCACAACUUUAAGGGCCAAACCUUCAAGAUACCAACCAACUGCGACCUGUGCGGAGAUCGCAUCUGGGGCUUGAGCGCAAAGGGAUUUGACUGUCGAGACUGCGGUUAUACAUGCCACAGCAAGUGCGAGAUGAAGGUGCCUGCGGACUGCCCUGGCGAGCUGAAUAAGGAAGAGCGAAAGAAGAUCAAGGCAGAGCGCCAGGCUGCCACUAACAGGCUUCUCGCACCUGAUGCAGCAUCUCCAGCGCACGUUUCCGAAGACAACCUCACACGAUCCAAUACCAUGAACUCGGCAAGCUCACAGUCAUUACGGCAGUCCGUCGUGUCCGCACCACAGACGCCAUCAGAAGACACGCCUUCCGAAACGCCACCCAAGGCGACCACACCUGUUGCGGCAACCGCCAAAGCUGCUGCAGUCGCUGCAGUUGGUGGUGCGGCUCCCCCAAAGAGGAACAGAGUAAUUGCGCCUCCUCCCACGGCAUAUAUCUCGCAACCACCAGCGGGUAGCACGAAUGGCAUUGCAGAGAGGGAAGAAAAGAAGGGCAAGAUGCUUUAUCAGUUCGAUGCCGGUGGAGAUGGAGAGCUAUCGGUGGCAGAAGGCAAGGAAGUGGUGGUCUUGGAAGCAGAUGAUGGUACUGGCUGGGUCAAGGUCCGCGAUGGCUAUAAGGAAGGUCUCGUACCAGCGACAUAUAUCGAUCUCAACGUUGCGCCAUCAACACCCGCCGCAUCGGCCCGUCCUUCCUCUGUUUAUUCCACGUCAACCACAUCAUCAAUAGCCGCCGCUUCGAGGAAGAAGGGCCCUGCGGUGGCGCCCAAGCGAGGUGCCAAGAAGCUGCGAUACGUAGAAGCCCUGUACGACUACGUGGCACAGAGCGAAGCCGAGCAUUCCAUGACGGAGGGCGAGCGUUUUGUGCUGAUCAAGGACGACCCCGGCGACGGCUGGGCGGAAGUCGAAAAGGCUGGCGUGACGGCCAGUGUCCCAGCCAAUUAUAUCCAUGCUGUGUAGGUCAGAUGGCAUGGGGUGAGAUGGUAGGAGCUGAUGUGCUGUGCUUUUUUUCUCUGUCUUUUCACCUUCUUUCCUCUCUUCACAUUCAAUCUCUAAAAGAGUCAAAAGGAGUAAGGUCUUUUGGUGCCAUGUUUGAGGUUACUGUGGAAAAGCAAAGAGCCAGUCUUGAGGGGAGAAGAGUAUGAUUUAAAAAAAAAAGUGGAAGAUUCGGGAAAAGAAGGAAAUGUGAUAAAAUCAAUAGAGUUGGGGGGACAAAGAGAUUCAUCAUACGAGCCCGCUAAAGGAAUAGCAAUGGUUGAGAAGGGGGAAGGAAAUCUCGAGACGGCGCUGACGAAAAUCGUAUUGCGUGUGUGUGUAUAUAGAAUGACGAGCAGCAAUGGGAGGAAGAAAAAACUCUUGGAUUUUUUUCAUGGGAUGAUUUGUUUUGAAGCGUUUUUAUCUGAUGAUGGGUCGGCCUUUUUUUUUUUUUCGCUUUGGUGCUUUGUGUUUCUUUUUUUUGUUUGCAUUGGGAGGAGUACGGCUUGGAGGGGAAACAGAGAUUGGUAUAUAUAUUAUACACGUGAGAUUUUUGUA